UUACACUCAUUUAUCACAGUGAGUUGGGAUCCGGUAAAACGAGCCUGGUCCACGGAGGGGUUUUAUGACAUUAAAUUUAACGAGUCCACGCUUCAGCUCAGUUUUAGAACGGUCAGAUUUGGAACGUUUGCUUUUGGACAUAACCGCUGGUCAAAUCUUCCCUAUCAAUCAUGGGAAUUGAGACCAAUUGGUCGCGAUAAAAUGUGCUUUUCUCUGAUUGCUGCGAUUGCCGUGAUAGAGUUCAUUGUUAUGGGGGAUCUCAUUUGCAUCUCAUCUCUGAGCAAUGUAGCCAACAGUAGCGAGGUAGAAGCAUCUCUAAUAAACAAGUACAUGAAACCCCAUAUUCUAAUAAAGGCUAUGCGACAUCACGGUUUAGAUUUGUUCCCCGAGUUUGAUUCGUACGCGUAUGUGGAUGGCGUGCUGGUGAAAGACGUUGCAGCCGAAGAUCACUUGUAUCAAUGUAUGGCCGUGGUGUCGUCGGCCUUCAACUUUCAGUGGAGUCGUUGGAAUCUUCUGGCCGGUCGCGACAGAAUGGUUUAUCAAAUGAGACAGCGACUUCAUGGAUCUGCAAGUCCGGGAAACUACAGCAUGGUUCUUACCACGCCUACAAAAUCUAUACGAAUAGAUUGCACAGAAGUGAGCCCAAACUACACCGAAGAUCCAGUAAUGGAGUUUGAAUACUAUGCUGAUUUGGUCAACCUUGUAAAAGGGAUUGCUACAGAUGCUGGGAUAAAAAUCAUAAAUCAAUCCAGUCCACAUUACGUCGAAACUGUUAGAAUUCUGCUGUCAUCUGUUCGCCCACUUUCAUUUUCUUAAAAAUACUCUGCAGAUUUAUUUAAAUACA